CGGGCGGGGGGCUCCGGCCGGACCGGAGCUGAGCAGAGCAGCGGGGACCAGGACCUGACCCCCCGCAGGCCGCGGUCCCGCCGCCCCGCGCUGACGCUCUCCUUCUUCAGCGGGAGCGGAGAUGCUGCUGGCCCGCAGCCGCCUGUGGCUGCUGCUCCUCGGGGCGCUGCUCACUGUCCUCCURUACCUCUUGUUCCCGGCCGCCCGGCGCUCACGGCCUGACGAGGGGAAGGGGGGUUGGCGGGUGGGCAACGGCACCGUGCUCACAGGGAUGACUGCGAGCGAUCCCCCCGUGUUCUACAGGGAGGUUCCCGCAGGAGCUGCCGGCCCCGGGAGGCCCCAAGUCCUGUUCCUGCAUGGCCAGGCGUUCACCUCCAAGACGUGGGAGACCCUGGGCACGCUGUCGCUGCUCGCUGAAGAAGGCUACCGUGCCGUUGCAAUAGAUCUGCCCGGCUAUGGGGAUUCACCCCCAGCACACAUGGUGACAGCAGAGGGCCGGAGGAAUUUCCUGGACCGUGUCCUCCAGGACCUGAGCAUGCAGAGGCCCGUUCUCGUCAGCCCCUCCAUGAGCGGCCGCUUUGCCCUGCCCUUCCUCCUGGCGCAGGGGGACCGGUUGGCCGGCUUCGUGCCCAUYGCGCCUGUGGGCACCAAGGACUACACUGCUGAGCAGUACCAACGCGUCCAGACACCCACUCUGAUCCUGUACGGUGACCGUGACAAACGCCUGGCUCCCCAGGCCCUGCAGAACCUCCAGCAUCUUCCUGAGCACCGUGUGGCCGUUCUGCCUGGUGCCGGCCAUGCCUGCUACCUGGACAAGCCAGAGGACUUCCACCGGGCCCUGCUGCGCUUCCUGAGCCAGCUGAAGUGAGCGCUGCCUCCUCCCUGCCGACCAGUGGGGCAUCCGACGGACUGGGAGGCACAGAGAGCUAGCCUGAAGGCUGCUGUUCCCUCAUGGGGUGUCCCCAGGGCGGCGGGGGUGGGCACUGAAGGUGUCCCUUGCUGGCAGGACAGGGUGCCAUCUGUCACGAGGCCAAUAAACUGAUGCUGCUCUGGUUGCUGUGUGUGUCCCCGA